AUGCAGUCUCAGCCAGCAGCCUCGUCGUCGUCCAGCACUGUCCCCUCCCAUGCCGAUCGCCUCUAUGUCGGCAACCUCGCCCCCACCGUCGACGAAUACACCCUCAUCCAAGUCUUUUCCAAAUACGGAAAGAUAACCAAAAUGGACUUUAUGUUUCACAAGACCGGUCCAUUGAAGGGAAAACCCAGGGGAUUCGCGUUCAUACAAUUUUCAGAUAAAGGAGAUGCUUUGAAGGCGAUGGUCAAGCUUCAUGAUAGGCUUCUGAGAGGGAGGAAGCUUGUAGUGACCUUUGCCAGCUCGGCACCCCCUGACAAUACCAUGUUGCAAACUAAAGGUCGCCGCGCUGAACCUCCAAAGACUACGACCUUGUCUCUCUUGAAAAGCCGCCGCAAGCCACAAAGUGCCGAAGCUCAGAUAGCCGCAAUGGAAGCCAAGCUGGCCACCAUGGCCCAACAAAGACCUGCCGGGGACUGGACACCUGGGUCAGAUCUAAACUCUCCAGCGUUGGGAUCGUCUGCGAGCGGGUCGCCAGCGCCGUUAGACGUGCCUAUGGGAGAAGAAGAAGGAAAGAGGGCAGCGUUGGAGCUGGAGAGAGAAAUCCAAGGAGAGCUGGGUCAGAGGAAAGAGAGUGUUAAUGGUGCCGAAGGGGAUUCUGGAUCGUCUACAUCGAAUCAUUCGGUUGAGCACGCAGAAGCCAAGAAGGACACGAAGGACCCAUUUCGGAGAGGUCUCGCGUCGUUGCCCAAGAAACCCCUGGUCUAG